CUUUUAUCUGUAAGGUGAUAAGAUAAUGACUAAUAUGGGUGUAUAUACAACAAAUUUCAGAUCAUAAGCGUGGUUAGUUUAUUGAUAAUGUGCUAGUGACUGUUACUACAAAAAUGGUUUUUUACAUGGAAAUUCUUAAUUUUAUAUUUUCAAGUCAAACAUCUGGAGAACUGAAGAUUAUUCUCAUGGUUCAUUUCACCUUGACCGCAUUAGGAGGUAUGGGAUGUGUAUCUUCCUUCUCAUACGUCUUCUAUAAUUCAGCUAUUAUAUUAACUUUGCUGUGGAGCAUACAUGACAAACCAAAUUUAGAACCAUUACGUUUAAUGGUGGGGCUCGAAUUGUGUGCAAUCCUUAUAGAUCUAUUUUAUUUUAGCGUAAUGUUGACUCACUUUGAAAAAUCAACUCUGAAAGAAUCAGUUUCUGCUGCAAUGAUAUUUCUACAGUGUAUUAUUAGACCUUGUGUGGUUUUACAUCUGUCAAAAACAAAAAAUAAUCAAGAAUUUCCGAAUUCUGAUACAGAAGAUGAUACAAAUCGAACUUUGUCGAUUGAAAGGGGCGAAAGAAAUAUGAAAAUUAAUGAUAAGACGUAUUGUUCGAUGCCAGUAAAAACCAAUGUUACCGACCGAAAACAAUCUGUAGAGAAUAAUCCUUUUGAGAAUGAUUAUGCUGAACUUUCAUAAGAAACAAAUCGAAUCAAAUUGUUGAUUAGAUAUUUGCAAAGAAUCGAAUUUAUAGAAAACUGGAAUCAAUUUUCGUCGCUUUUUAUGAAAUAAACGCUUAAGAUCCAAAACUUUUUCAAUUGCACUGACACAACAUUACUUUUUGCAAAUAAUUAAUAAAUUAAUAUUGAUAUUGCAAAUAUCAUUAAGUACAUUAUAUUGUUCAAUAAAUAAAAUGUUUAUAAUUCUCUAUUACUUAUUCUCUUUCGUCAGUGUAAUUGAUGAGUUUUGGAUAUUUAUUGGUGUGAACAUCUUGGUCUAUUACGAGAAUUAUAUUUUUGGGAUUCGAAAAUAUGUUUUUAAAAAUUCAUUAAACACAAAAUUACAAUAA